GACACCAAAAUUGUCAAUUGGAUUAAGAAAUUGGUAGGGGCAAUUACUCACUUCAAAAACUAGCAGGGGUUGUUUCGUAUUUCCUGAAAAUAAAUUCCGGUUGCUUCCCGUUCUCAAUUUAAGGCGGGUAUCAUACGUGGCAAAUUUGAUGCAAUCCCACGUAUCUCCACCAAUAAGAUUUUAGCAAACACGAGCGAUCGUUGUUUAUUUGCGUUCACGCGCCGUUAAGAUCACGCGCGAUUAUUAAUUUGGGCUUAUUUAUUAUAGGCCCAAUAAUCUGUAGUUAGCCCAAAACGAAAGUCUCCGGUUGGGUGAUCGGAAUCCGAUCAGAGCGACGGUAAGUAUUUCUUUUUUCUUCGACUGUUAAAAAAAAAAGAGGAAAUCAUUUUCACUAGUGACAUUGUUACGUUUCAAGAGCUUAAGAGAAGUUGAAAGACGGAGGAAGAAGAAGACGAUCUUUCUUCUCUUCUCUGUCUCUACUAGCUUCGCGUUUUCCUUCCUUCGCCGUGAGAUUUUAUCGUCGUCGUAACAAACCUCUAGGGUUCAUCCUCGACGUUUCCUUGGUUAAUUAGGUCAACAAUAUCGUCGGAUCUGAUGGCGUUAUCGGCUUCCGAUUUGCCGGCGAUGUACACGCUAUUAGCUAAUUCAAUGAGCGGUGACGAGACCGUUCGGCGGCCGGCGGAGGCGGCUCUAUCUCUGUCGGAGAGUAGACCUGGUUUCUGUUCUUGCCUUAUGGAAGUAAUUGCAUCCAAGGAUUUGGUGUCCCAUGUGGACGUUAGAUUAAUGGCCUCAGUGUAUUUCAAGAACAGUAUCAACCGUCAUUGGAAGAGCAGAAGAAAUUCAUGGAGUAUGAGCAACGAGGAAAAGAGUCAUCUGAGGCAGAAAUUGUUGUCUCACUUGAGAGAAGAGAACUACCAGAUAGCGGAAAUGUUGGCUGUUCUCAUAUCGAAGAUAGCCCGUUUUGAUUAUCCUAGGGAAUGGCCUGAUCUCUUUUCGGUACUAGCGCAACAGCUUCACUCAGCUGACGUUCUGGCUUCUCACAGAAUCUUUCUGAUUCUUUUUCGAACCUUAAAGGAAUUGUCUACUAAACGUCUCACUGCGGAUCAGAAGACCUUCGCUGAGAUCUCGUCGCAAUUCUUCGACUUUAGUUGGCACCUUUGGCAAACUGAUGUCCAAACAAUUCUACAUGGCUUUUCAACAAUGGUUCAGAGCUAUGGUUCAAAUAGUGCCGAGCAGCAUCACGAUGAGCUUUUUCUGACUUGUGAGAGGUGGUUUUUAUGUUUGAAAAUAGUGCGCCAACUGAUAAUUUCAGGAUUUCUAAGCGAUGCCAAUAAUAUACAGGAGAUACAACCAGUGAAAGAAGUCUCUCCUGCGCUCUUGAAUGCGGCUCAAUCCUUUCUUCCAUAUUAUUCAUCUUUUCAAAAUCGAGAUCCUAAAUUCUGGGAGUUUGUAAAGAAGGCAUGUGUCAAGCUGAUGAAGGUGUUAGGUGCUAUUCAAAGCAGGCAUCCAUUUUCGUUUGGAGAUAAAUGUGCUCUUCCAGUUGUAGUGGAUUUCUGCUUAAACAAGAUAACGGACCCCGAACAGGCAUUGUUGCCAUUUGAAGAUUUUUUUAUUCAGUGUAUGGUGAUGGUGAAAUCUGUGCUUGAAUGUAAAGAAUAUAAGCCAAGUCGAACUGGUCGUGUGAUGGAUGACAACGGAGAUACAUUUGAGCAGAGGAAGAAGAAUGCUUCCAACACAGUUGGUGGCAUUGUGUCGUCACUUUUACCCAAUGAAAGGAUAGUUCUUCUCUGCAACGUACUAGUGAGACGGUAUUUUGUACUAACAGCAAGUGACCUAGAGGAGUGGUACCAGAACCCUGAGUCCUUUCAUCAUGAGCAGGACAUGAUUCAGUGGACAGAGAAAUUGAGGCCUUGUGCUGAAGCUCUAUAUAUGGUUUUGUUUGAGAACUACAGCCAACUGCUAGGACCUAUUGUUGUGUCCAUCCUUCAAGAAGCAAUGAAUAAUUGUCCCCCUUCUGUUACUGAAAUAACUCCUGCACUGCUUCUUAAAGAUGCGGCAUACGCUGCUACUGCAUAUGUCUACUAUGAGCUCUCGAAUUAUCUUAAUUUCAGAGAUUGGUUUAAUGGUGCUCUAUCCCUUGAACUCUCAAAUGACCAUCCAAAUAGGCGUAUCAUCCACCGAAAAGUUGCUAUGAUAUUGGGACAUUGGGUUUCGGAGAUUAAGGAUGACACAAAAAGAGCAGUUUAUUGUGCUUUGAUCAAAUUGUUGCAAGACAAUGACCUCGCUGUAAAGCUGGCAGCUAGUAGGUCAUUAUGCUUACAUGUCGAGGAUGCAAAUUUUUCGGAGCAAAGUUUUCUUGAUCUUCUUCCAAUCUGUUGGGAUUCAUGUUUCAAAAUGGUCGAGGUAGUUCAAGAGUUUGAUUCGAAGGUUCAAAUUCUGAAUUUGAUUUCUACUCUUAUUGGCCAUGUUAGCGAAGUCAUUCCGUACGCACAAAAGUUGGUGCAAUUCUUCCAGAAGGUUUGGGAGGAAUCUUCUGGUGAAAGCCUUCUGCAGAUCCAGCUUCUUGUCGCACUGCGAAAUUUUGUGAUUGCACUUGGUUAUCAGUCUCCCAUUUGCUAUAGCAUACUGCUCCCAAUACUCCAAAAGGGCAUUGACAUAAAUAGCCCUGAUUCACUCAACCUUCUGGAGGAUAGCAUGGCAUUAUGGGAAACCACACUUUCCUAUGCUCCUAUGAUGGUGCCCCAGCUAUUAGCAUUGUUUCCCUAUAUGGUGGAGAUCAUUGAAAGAAGUUUUGAUCAUUUACAGGUUGCUGUCAGUAUCAUGGAUUCGUAUAUCAUUUUGGAUGGAGGAGAAUUUCUAAAUAUGCAUGCUUCAAGUGUCGCAAAAAUUCUUGAUCUUAUCGUUGGAAAUGUAAAUGAUAAGGGUUUACUCUCGAUUCUUCCAGUGAUUGACAUCUUAGUUCAGUGUUUUCCUGUGGAAGUGCCCCCUCUCAUCAGCAGCUGUUUGCAGAAACUGGUGAUUAUUUGCUUGAGUGGUGGAGAUGACCGUGAUCCAUCCAAGACUGCAGUUAAAGUGUCUUCAGCAGCUAUCCUUGCAAGGAUUCUGGUGAUGAACACCACUUACCUGGCCCAGCUAACAUCUGAUUCAUCUCUUUCAGUGUUACUCCAACAGGCAGGUGUCCCAGUCGAAGACAAUAUACUCCUUUGCCUCAUCGACAUUUGGCUCGACAAGGUGGACCAUGCGUCUCCCAUGCAACAAAAGACAUUUGGCUUGGCUCUUUCCAUAAUACUUACACUUAGAAUGCCCCAAGUUCUUGACAAGCUUGAUCUAAUACUAAGUACAUGCACCAGUGUGAUCCUUGGUGAAAACAAAGAUUUAACAGAAGAAGAAUCAAGCGGUGACAUGAGUUCAAGCAGGUCUCAAGGAGAAGAAACCCCGCCAAGCAAAGAGUUACGGAAAAGUCAGAUAAAAGUUUCCGACCCAAUCUACCAGAUGUCACUAGAGAACUCAACGCGUGAGAACCUUCAGACAUGUUCUACACUUCAUGGAGAUGCCUUUAAUUCUGCCAUUAGUAGGAUGCACCCAUCGGCGCUUGCACAAGUGAAGCAAGCCUUAAAGCUGCCGUGAAUAAAUGUUUUUGCCUCGUGAUUGUUUGUUUCCUUAUCAGUUAAAGAGCAGCAGUAUUCAAGUGAGUGAGCUUUUCUUCCCUUUACGGUUAUGGAUUUGAUGGGUGUGUUACAUAGGCGCGCAUGUUGCAUUGACCUCUGCGACCUUGGCGGUUUGAUGAACUAUGUACAUAUCUUUGAUGAGGUGAUUCCCUUUUAGCUGCCCAUGAUUCCCUACAGAACAAAAGGAGGCAUCUUUCAGAGACUUAUAUUUGUUUUCCUUUGGUCGAGUUUAGUAUGUCAAUUCAUUCUUCAAUACAACGUUUUUGUCCCAAUGUUACAAACAACACUAAAGAAAAAGUGAGGAAUCAAAAUAGGGAGAUCCUUACGAUGUAUUUCCGGUCUGUUUUUUGUCCCAAGAACUCUAACUUUACAUAUGAUGGGAACAGGUCGGAGUUUUUGUCUCUAUCUGUCGUACUGUUGUACUUGCUGAUUUUUACUCAUUCUCCCUUAUGAAUAAAUCUUGGCUUCGUG